AUGGCGUGUCCCGCCACGCAAGCAUGGUUUGAGGCUAUAUGUACAGGAAAUUAUGAAUAUGUACUUGCAAAUUUGUCGGUUUAUGCUAGAUCUCGUGCAGAAGAUGACGAUACGGGGCUGAUAAUAGCAGCCCGUCGAAAUGAUUCGCAGAUGGUCCAAAUCCUUAUUGACUCCGAAGCUGGCCUCACAAACAGUAAAGGCGAUAGCGCACUGAUCACAUCAGUUCGCCACGACCACGUUUAUGUCUGCAGAAUUCUUGUGGAGCGAGAAUACAGGAUAAGGACAAUUGACGGUCUAACGCCUCUUAUGGUCGCCGUUCAAUCGUCCAGUAUAUCCUGCUUCCCAUACUUGUUUCCAUAUCUUUCUUUUGAAAAGGACUAUCAGGGGCGGACUGCGUUAGAUCAUGCAGUAAUCCAGCGGAAAUUCAGCUGUGUCAUGUAUCUAUUAAAUCAUAAGAUAUUCACUAAGCGUGAUCUUGAGCAUGCAAUGGAGUUGGCUAUCAGUCUUGGGACUUUAUACACGAGGGAUAUCCUGAACCAGUACUUGAGCUCUGGUGAGUACUUGUUGUCUCCACAGAUAGGGGUAUCUGCGCAAGAAGAACCACAGAGCUCUACUUCCUCACAGGAACAGAUCGCCCCCAUGCUGAGGUCUUUGAGCCGAACUCAGCAUACAGCCAAGAAUCAUGGAACUUCUAAUCAGUAUAAGGCUGCCCCUGAACGUAGUCAUUCUGCUCUUACUAAACCCCUAGCAAACGUACCAGACCAAUCUCCAACGAGACGCAGCGAAUCUGGAAAUUUUCGCCACCUAAAGUCAAAUCCGCGCAAUAACGGUUCUGUGCCCAUCGGCUCAGAGCUUCCGCAGCAAGGUAUACACUCUACACCCCCCACAGCUCAUCAGCAACAGGGCCGGAAUGGUGACGCAGAGAAUGAACGGUCUUCGCAAUAUGACAUUCUAACUAUGCAAGAGACAAUACAUUGUCAGAACGAAACCAUAGAAGAACUAAGGUCCAAAUUAAGCACACUCUCAGAAGCUAACAAGAAAACAUCUAAGCUUGACUACGAGAGGCUGAUGAGUUUGAUAACUUCAUAUCAACAACUUAGGGUAGAGUACAAAAAACAUAUGAAGGAAUGCACCCGAGCACAUAAGACUAGAAGAAGCCAACUAAACGAUAUUGCCAUUCAAUGUGACCAGAAAAACUCUGAAGAGCCGGUAUCGAAGCCUGCUCCGAACAAAGCAACCGUCAUUUCGAAAAUAAGUGAUGUCCACGAACAAGAUGAGAGUACUUAUACCAACAGAAGUACUGUUGCGGUACUGUCAGGUCACACUAAAAAAACCCUCAGCUCUCGUGAGAAGCUCAAGAUGGCUGAGAGCAUAGCGAAGAAGCCGUCGUCCAACCCGGAUAUUCAGCGGCUGCGUAUGGAGUCCGCUGAUUUAAAACGACAGGUGUGCACACUACAAACGGCAAAUAACUCCCUACAAGCACAGCUCCUAGACGCUAAAGCUCAGAUUCAUAGGCUUGCAACCAAUAACACUUCCCUCAACAUUAGAAUAGUUGAGCUAGAAAAGCAAAGUAGUAGGAGAGAAAAGAAGGAGCAAGUGCAUGGAGGACCGCAACUGUCCCAGGCGCUUCAGUCUAGUAGUGGUUCAACAGGAUCUGCCUCCACCCCUAAUAGGCACAAGGAUUGCGUAAGAAACACCAAAAAACGAAUGGACUCUGGCAAGUACAGCACAACAGAGGGUGUCCCUGAACAAGGAAGUGUAGAUUUGGAUGCUCUUACUGAUCCCCCGGGUAUCACAUUAACGAAAUUAAAUGUAGCCGAUGAAGAACAAAGCCAACAGUCCCAUGAGCCUCAGCCAUUUAAGACAGAUCACAGUCGUGGGCCAGCCUUAACAAUCGAGGAAUUGGGUAAUCGACUUUUGGAAACUUAUGAAUCCGUAACAAAACACGACGACCUCCAAAUCGAAAUAGAGCACUUACGUAAGGAGCUUAGACGCAUGCAAAUUAUCAGUAUGGCUUUGUUAGAUGAAGAGUUGACCCAUUCUGCAGACAAAAACCCAAUUCUUACGGUACACGUUGGCAACGAUGUCUCAGAUGCAUCAGAGAAAACACACUACAUUAAUAAGGUUGCUCUUCGCUCAGAGUUGUUGAAAAGCCUCACUGACAACUUCGGUGCCGAAGAGGCCACAUCUUCGGAAGAAACAGGUCUCAGCUCUAAGGAAUGCGCUAAAGAUGAGCGGGGUAACACUCCACUUAUGCUUGCAAUCUACAAUAACGACAUCAGUGAGUUAAACAAAUACAUCUACAUGGCUGGUCAGACUAACAACGAUGGUAAUACCGCGCUCAUGCUUGCGGCACUGAUGAAUCGCAGUAAGCUGAUUCCUGCACUCAUGGAGAAGGAGGCCAUGAUAAAACGCCACGAUGGAGAGACGGCACUUUCUUUGGCGCUGAAAGAAGAGCACUACCAGGCAGCUAAGGUCCUUAGGGAAUACGAAGGUGUCCCACUGUCCAUCCCAUUUGAGCACACAAAUAAAACCGAGAACAAGAUCGAUCGGUUCACGGAACUAAUCCAGGCUGCAGAAGAGGAUGAUGUGAUCACCGUGUGGAGUUAUGUAGAAGUCCAGCACGGACUUAGGGACGAGGAUGGUCGCACAGCACUUAUGCACGCAGCAGAAUGCGACUCAGUUGAAAGCUUAAUCAUACUUAUGCUAUAUGAACGAAGACUUGGAGAUACAAAAGGAAUGACCGCUCUCAUGUAUGCAGCGAUCCAUGGAAACGUUGAUUGUGUCAAGCUGCUCCAGAAAGACGAAGGAAGACUGCAAGAUGUCAAUGGAUGGACAGCGCUGAUGCAUGCAACUCGGGAAAGAGUUCAUCCUGUCAUCAAAUUGCUUGCAGAUCUGGAGGCUGGAGUGAAAACGGAUCGAGAUGGGUAUACUGCGCUGAUCAUGGCGAUACAAUUACAUGACCUCGUUUCAGUAACUAUUCUUAGUGACUAUGAGCGAGGCAUAUGUGACUCUGCCGGAAUGACUCCACUGAAGUGGAUCGAGAAGGAGCGAGAAGAGCAUGGGUGUACUGAUGAACAAGAAAUAGCUCUCUAUAACGAAAUGGCUCGGAUACUUGAAUCGCCCUCAUCAACUUCAUACAGCUGUUCUACCGAAAGUCAGGAUGAUCAGUAA